UCGCGCGGAUUUAUUGGUGAACGAUAAUCAUCGUUAUAUUCCUCUGUGUACUUAUACCUAUAUAUGCAAGACACUUUGCUCGGAGAAAUUUGGCGCGAAUCGCGCAGUUCUUGCCGAAACAAUAUCGAGGCGCGACGAGCGCUCUUUCCGCGAUAUAUUUAUAUUUGUUGCUUACUUUUUUUUCGCGCGCGGGACACUUCGCUGUGUGUGCAGUACUUACUGCACUGGAUUCGGAGAUAAGUGAUCCUUUUGAGGUACUUUUUUACCGGAAGAAUCGCUAGUUUUCGCUGAACGAUGGCCGUGGGACUGUUGGAUCUGUGCGAGCAGUAUUUCGGCGCGAGAGACUUCUACGAUGUGCUGAAUAUCGACAAGACUGCUAACGAGAAACAAGUGAAAAAGGCGUACCACAAGCUGUCUCUGCUCGUUCAUCCCGACCGAGUGGAGGAAGCAGUAAAGGAGGAAGCAACAGAGAAAUUCAAGGUUCUUGGCAGGAUCCACUCUAUUCUCAGUGAUAAUGAUAAGCGAAAAAUUUACGAUGAGACUGGUCAGUUUGACGAGGACAGCGAGGAAGUUGUCAUGCGCAACUGGUCCGACUACUGGCGCACACUGUUCAAGGAGAUCACGGUGCAAGAUAUUAAUAAUUACGAAAAGAACUACAAAGGCUCAGAGAUUGAAAUCAAGGAUCUGAAGAGAGCUUAUAUGGAUAGUAAAGGUGACAUGGAUUACAUCCUAGAGUCGGUUCCUUUUACAAGCUGCGAAGAGGAGCCACGAUUGCACAAAAUCAUCAACGACCUCAUCGAAAAGGGUGAGGUCCCAGAGUUUGAAAGCUUCACCAAGGAGGACGAGAGGAAAAGAAUGAGGAGGAAACGCAAGUGGGCAAAGGAAGCCAAAGAAGCGGAAAGAUUGGAAAAAAUGCGAGCCAUCGAGAAAGAAGACGCCGAGAAGAACGGCGACCUGGCCCUCGCUAUCCUCAAUAAAAAUAAGUCUAGGGCAUCUCAAGCAGAUAAUUUCUUCGACUCGCUUAUCGACAAGUACGCGAAGCAAGCUGAGAAGUCGAAAAAGGCCACGUCGUCGAAGAGCGCGAAAAAGAAGAAAGCGUAAUGAGUUCUUCGUUGAAAAUCAAAAUUUUUUUUAUAAUCGAACAUUUAUUUUUUUUAAAUUUUGUAAGUGCUAACGUGAAGAGUAUCGCGUAAAUGCUAUUUAACGCACUCGUAUAACAAGUUUCGUACGUCUAAAUUAUUAGUCUGUAUUUGUAGAAAAUAGUUUGAUAACUUUAUUUUUUAUGUAGUAUUACACGUUUUUUUAUACAAAAA